AUGCAGCAAAACGUUUCGACGGUAGGGGGAGCUUGUGCCGAGAUCGAUUGUUCCUUUCGCGUUCCCGACUUUCCCAGCUUUCCCAGCAGACUGCGGGCACAGUGGGUGACGACCAGCUCUAGAAAUACCCGGCUUGAAGCCGUCUUUGACUAUAAUUUCAGUAGUCGCACGUCUGACCGUCGCAGCUCGAACGACCGAGCGGAUUUCAGGGGCAAACCUGAAAAAGGAGACUGUUCUCUACGAAUAAAUGAUGCCAGGAAGAGUGACGAGGGUUCAUAUAUAUUCACAGUAGAUAUCUACACCACCUUCGCCAUUGCGACCCAUCGCACCGGAAGCUCACAAUCCUUUCUCACAGUUUGGGAAAAACCCCGGAUCUCGGUUGGUGAGGGUCUGAUCGCCGGACAAAGGGCGCGUUUGAUCUGCUCCAUUCCUGACAGCUGUUCCGGAGACAGACUGGAAUUAAAGUGGAUUGUUUCAGAUAACGUGGUUCCGGCGCAGGACAGGAAAGCGGAAGGGGAGGUUGUCAGUGAAGGUCCUGGCGCUCGGAUGCAAAGGUCGGCGCUCACAUUCACUCCCUCACCCGCUCAUCACCGGGAAUCCCUGGGAUGCGCUGUUUUAGCGAAGGGCGUCCAAAAAGCCAAGGAAACUAUCACCAUGGACGUUCAACAACUUCCUGAGAAACCGACCGUCAAUCGGUCAGUGGUCGCGAUGGAGGGCAGCUCCCUCUCACUGAACUGCAGAAGCUGGGAGACAAAUCCCGUCACCUUACGUUGGGUGAGGAAUGGAGAGGACAUCGGCGCAUCUUCCACCGGAGAACUGGCAGUGCUUCUCCGUGACGUUACAUCAGUAGAUGAGGGGGAAUACUGGUGUUCGGCUGGAAACGACGUGGGCGUCUCCAACAGCUCCACCAGCGUCUCCGUUCAGUGUGAGUGAUAGUCUACUCAGGCAGUGGCCUCGUCUUCCUCGGCGUCCGAGUUCAGCCCACUGGUUUGUCCGCUACUUUAGCGGGCUAUCAUUGCGAAGGACACGGCCCCGUGCCCCAUCACACCCGAUAUCCCGCCACACUGCGUGGAGAAAGUACACAACGAGACCAGAUCACCCAAAACCACAGGGACAAAGUUCCCACAGUCUGGCGUAGUCCUGGCUCCAUUUUAUGAGU